GGAAAAUUCGCGAAGGUUCCUGAAGCAAAAGCAGCCGUUUCCGGAAGCCUGCUGCCGCCCAGCCAACAGACCAGCGGUAACGGGGGAGAGUCGUAAACGCAGAGGCUUGCGGUGCUGGUGUUUGGGCCUGACUCGUAUUGGUGGGGAAAAAAUGGCCCUGCUGUGCUACAACCGGGGCUGCGGUCAACGCUUCGAUCCCGAGACCAAUUCCGAUGAUGCUUGCACAUAUCACCCAGGUGUUCCAGUCUUUCAUGAUGCAUUAAAGGGUUGGUCUUGCUGUAAGAGAAGAACAACUGAUUUUUCUGAUUUUUUGAGCAUUGUAGGCUGUACGAAAGGAAGACAUAAUAGCGAAAAGCCACCUGAGCCCGUCAAACCUGAAGUCAAGACUACUGAAAAGAAAGAACUAUCUGAAUUGAAACCCAAAUUUCAGGAGCACAUCAUUCAAGCCCCUAAACCAGUAGAAGCAAUAAAGAGGCCAAGCCCAGAUGAACCAAUGACAAAUUUGGAAUUAAAAGUAUCUGCUUCACUUAAACAAGCACUUGAUAAACUUAAACUAUCAUCAGGGAAUGAAAAAAAUAAAGAUGAAGAUAGUGAUGAAAUUAAGAUUGGGACUUCAUGUAAAAAUGGAGGCUGUUCAAAGACAUACCAGGGUCUACAGAGUCUAGAAGAAGUCUGUGUAUAUCAUUCUGGAGUACCUAUUUUCCAUGAAGGGAUGAAAUACUGGAGCUGUUGUAGAAGAAAAACUUCUGAUUUUAAUACAUUCUUAGCUCAAGAGGGCUGUACAACAGGAAAACACACGUGGACUGCAAAGGAUGCUGGGAAAAAAGUUGUUCCAUGUAGACAUGACUGGCAUCAAACUGGGGGUGAAGUCACCAUUUCAGUGUAUGCUAAAAAUUCACUUCCAGAACUUAGUCAGGUAGCAGCAAAUAGUACAUCGUUAAAUGUGCACAUUGUAUUCGAAGGAGAAAAGGAAUUUCAUCAAAAUGUGAAAUUAUGGGGUGUGAUUGAUGUAAAACGAAGUUAUGUAAGUAUGACUGCAACAAAGAUUGAGAUCACCAUGAGAAAAGCUGAACCUAUGCAGUGGGCAAGCCUUGAACUUCCUGCAGCAAAAAACCAGGAAAAACAAAAAGAAGAUAAAACAGAAUGAAUUGAGAUGAAAUAACAAGUUACUGCCUCUUUCAAAAUUCUUAAUUAUGUGGUGAAGUGGUGGCUUGCUGCUGUAAUCUUUGGUUUUGUUGUUGUUGUUGAAUCUGGCAUUUCAGGGUCAACAGUAUAGGUUCUUAAAAGCCAAAGUCAGUUUAUCUUGUUGUGCUUCCCAUUUUUCUUUUGAGUUACCUAAGAUUGAGUAUUCAUUUCUCCUCACUCAUAGAACUGUAGUUGUGUCCCAUACUUGAAGAAGCUAGAAAAUAGCUCAUAAAUAGAGUAGUUCUUAGUAAAAUAUUAUGUUAAGCAGAGGAAUAUAAAGUAACAUUUGUUCACAUCUCUUUCUCUUAUUCCCUAAUUAGUAAAACAAGAUGAAAUGUCAAAUUUUUAAUUAGUUUUUCAUGCAUUUGUGUUCCUAUAAUACUUGAAAAUCUUUAAGGAAAAGAUAAAGCUCUGCAGUGUUUUUUCCACUUGGGACAGUUACUUUUCUGUAAAAAGAUUAAUUCUGAAGUAGUAGUAAUUAGUUAAACAGGAAUAUGUGCAUUGAUUAACAAAUCAGAAUUUGCAACUAAUUAAAAAAAGUUUUUAUUAGUACCUAUAUUACUUGCCAAGCAGAACCAUAUAAGAGUAUAGGAAACAUAAAUAGAAGUGUAGAGGUAUCAAUUUGGUUAAAAUUCACCAUUUUGUAAGACUAAGCAAUAAUGUUAAAUAUCUCUUUCCUGAUUAUUCAAGGUCUUGGUAUGGUGUUGUGGCUAAAUUGUAUCUGAAUUACAGCUUACACCCUCUUAAAAUGUUUAAUUAAAUAUAAGGAGAAACUAAAUAUAUAUAUAUAUAUAUAUAUAUCUGGCUUCCCUUGAUAAACUAUCUGUAAAAUUAUAGAUUAAAAAGCUUAUGGAAAUACAUUAGUUCCAGAAAACUAAAUAUUUAAGCUUUGCUUUAUGACAACUAUUACAUGUUAAAUAAAAUAGCUCGUUUUAUAGUUUUUUUAGGAUUUCAUGAACAGUUUGACAAUUCUAGGUGAUACAAUGUUGAUUAUCUAUUGUACUGUAUUAAAUAGGUAUCACAGAAUUAGAUUGUUUAUGCUAAUUGAACCCAUUAAAUGAUAGGUCGCUUUCUGAGGUAGUGCAGAGCUCAUGAAGAAAAUGAAAAAUGUUAUGAAGGCAAAAACUGGCAGAAUUUAAUAAACUUGGGCAUGAAUUACACUUACAUAGAUUAAAAUGAUUAUUUCCUAAGCCCCUUGAGUGUUUUUCUUUUCUUGGGAUUAAUGUAAUCCUUAUAAAGGAAAAUUUGCAGAAGUACAAUUUUAGUUAAAGAGUUAGUAUACCUCACUCUGAAGGGUCAGCAAGUUACCCUGAGAUGCAGUUCCGCAGUUCCUGAGUAGUUCAGCGGCACUACAGAUAGAGAGAGGAAAAGUCUGGCAGUCAGGCUGUCAUGGCACAAAAUAGCAUGGCAAGAAAUUUUUAGUAGUAAAAAUUGGACCCAAAUAGAGUAUAUAAGUUUAUAUUGAAUUGUAUUUAAAUUUUUAAAAUUUAUCUUUUAUAAUUUAGGAACCUGGGUUCAUAAGAACACAUGCAAUCUUUAUUGCUUAGGGAGAUAGUGCUAUUUGUUUUGAUUUGAGGUAAUGAUUACCCUCUUUUAGUGUUUCCUUCUUUGAGGAUAUUUUCCCCAAAACAAUACCUUAAUAUGUUAUGUGCAAUUGAACUGUUAUUUAAAACAAGUGCAUUAUAGGCCUAAGAGUUAGUUACAAAGCACUGACUUUUUUUGUUUUCGGAGAAAACCUACCUAUUUAGUUUGGUUACAUUAGUGACCCUUCUGUUACUUAUUCCCAUGAACCUCUGAAUUUGUUGCUCAGAUUAAAAUCUAAAUGAUACUUCUAUUAACACAUAAAGAGACACAUUUAUAAUUAGCUAAAAUGUUUUAUUUUUAUCAGUCAAAAUUAAAAAAUGGUUAACUUUAUUAAGUUGUUUCUCUAGAAAUAAACUUUCUUCCUCCUCAUUCAGAAUUUACUGUAUCAAAACAAAGAUAGGUUUAUUAUAUAUACUUGGUAACUAAUCUGACAGUUAAACUAACCAUGGGGAACAUUAUUUUUCUUGUGUAGCACAUUUGCUAGUAUAAAAUAAGUAUGGUUCUAAGAAAUUGCACUUUUAUUUCUUUAAUUCAACCUCUUAUUUUUUAGGUAAGUUUACAUAAGAGUUACAAAGAAAGUACAGUCUUUUAUAUCCCAUAUUAAUUUUCCUCUUAAAGUCUUACAUAAUCAUAGAACAUUUACAAAACCUAAGAAUUAAUUCCAGAAAACUAAUUCUGCUGUUGACUAAAGCAGAACAUUAAUUUUGACCAUCUGGUUUUAGAGGAACACUAUUAAAGGGCAGUUUUUGACCUAUCCUAGUUUAAGCCAGGAAUUUAUAAACCAUUAAAAAUAUAAAUUGAAAUCAAUCUACCAUUGACAAAUGUUUAUAGGUAAAAAAAAAAAAUGUAACUUGUUCUCACCAUAUAUAGGCAAAGAACUACAGUAAUCUAUUUUAUUAGAAUUUAUAUUAUAUGCCAUAGAUUUUAAUUUUUAUUAUGUAUACAUUUUUUGGUUGGUUUUCUUUAGAUAAUUCUUCAGCUGUCUAAGGGUAAAGAGAACCUUAAAGAGUUCUUGCAAAUAUUUUAAGUGACUUUGGAUUAUUGCUCUGCCACCCCUUGCUUUAAAAAAAAUCAGUCAUUCUCCACCUGAAAAUGCUUUUCAUGCAUACACAAUAAAAUUUUUAAAAGUUCAUUUAUGAG